AUAACAAAAGUUAAAAAAAAUUAUGGAGGGGAAAAAAGGUAAGAUUGGGCUGUGUUGAGGUCCCAUUGUGUGGGCGUGGCCCCCAAAAGGUUGGGCCUUUAUUUACUAUUCUCCAUCUUCGGAAGCAACAGAGGCGUUUACGGAAAUCCUUCAGCAGCUCAAACAUCGACCUCAGUAAAGUAGCUCCUUUGCUACGGUUGCCUUGUCGAUUUUAUGGCGCAGCAGGAAGAAGAAAGGGGAGAGAGGUCAAGAGUUCCGGUCCAUAUUCAGUGAUUAUCCGGGAUCAAAAUCUGUUAUUUGCACAAUGAGUGGUUUAAACUCAUUCGUCAAAACUGGCGAGAGACAUGAAGAUAUGGCCGGCAUUCCUAACGUCAAGGUCACUCAUGGGCUUAAUGAACAUCAAGUUGCCUUGCAUUCUAAUGCUGGCUUCGGUAAAUUAAAAGGGGACGGUGAAGACCUCCGGACUGCCGGAGUGAAAAAUUGUCCCGAGGGCUUUCUUGUACAAGGCAUAUCAUGCACCCAGGAGAGGGCUGAAUUUAAGGAAGCGAGCAUGAUAGCACAAGGGAGUGCAGCCGUUGCUGAAGUAAAGGAAGAGGUUGACAAGCUCUCAGAGAAGGUUUCUUCUCUGCAAGCUGCUGCAGACAGUGGAGUCAAGGUUGACGCCAAGGAUAUCUUAUAUGUGACUGAGAUGCUGAUGAGACAGUUGCUCCAAUUGGAUGGCAUUGAAGCGGAAGGAGAAGCUAAGGUGCAGAGGAAGAUGGAGGUGCAUAGAAUUCAGAGUUUUGUGGAAACAAUGGAUUAUCUUAAGUCAAGAAACUUAGAUCCCUUCUGCAAGGUAGAUGGUGAUCAUGUGUCCUUGACCACUAAAUGGGAGACAUUUGAGCCUGAUUGGGGGAAUGCAACUAUACCACCCUCCCUGGCGGCGUCUUCUUCCCCUAACACACAGGCACAGCCCUCUCCUACUCCUAACCAAACCCUCGAACAUACGCCCACUAUUACAAGUUCCAGCCCCUCGGCUGAAAUAUCUUCCAUCUCUUCCCAGAUCCAAUCUUCUACCCACAAGCCUGUGAAACUUGCUGCCUCUACUAUGGCGUCUUCUUUUAUCCCUUCUCCUGUUCUGUCUUCCCCCUCCUCCUUCAAUAAUAUCCAAUCUUCAAACCCUGUGCCAGUGCAACUGUUUGCACCUAUACCUUCUUCUGCGAAGGUAACAGAGGAAUGGGUACAAUUUGAUUAGAUAUGAUGAUGGUUCACACUUGUUUAUUGGUAUGAUGGUUAAUUCGAGAUAGAGGGCAUGGCUGCUUGUGCUGUGGUUAGGCGAUUAUAUAUAUAUAUAGAUGAUAUGAUAUAACCAUGUAGCUCCCUCUGGCCUAUGGGAGUAAGAUGGCUGUGAAAGAUGAGAAAGACACGGGACAGGUAAAGGGAUCUUCUUCCUAUUGGCCUUUCAGACCAAAUGCUUGACUGAGUUGAAUAUGUACAAGGCGAGAGCGUGCUUAUUGAGAAGUAGGCUUUUGUUUCAUCGGAUGCUUAGACCAGUUAUGUCACCCUGUUUUAAAGGAUAAACCUUAUGUCUCUACCCAUCAACGUGCUUAGUAUAUUUGAUUAAUAGUUAUUAAUGAAUUUAAGCUAUUUUGUUGCUUCUUUCGUUCGAUCUUCUAUUUGUCCCCUGCAGCUAAGCUGGCCUAGGGGUUACAUAUAUCCAUUUGACAUUCGUGCUUUGUCCUGCCAAUGCCAUAGUUAGGACACACCCAU